AUGAGUGUGAAAGGAUUAAGCAUUUUACAUAAUUUAUUUUUGGUAUCUCUAAGUGCUUAUAUGUGCAUUACUAUAUUAUCGGAGGCAUGGAAACAGGGUUAUUCUUUAUUCACAAAUCCAGAAGUAAGAUCCGAGGAAGGUUGGCAGGAACCAACUCCGACGUUAACAGAAUUAAAGGAAAUGACAAUACUAGAUGGACCCGCGGUCGAAAAGAUUAUGGACGGUUUUCUUUCUGCAUUUAAUAAUGGAUUGACAACAAAUCAUUUUACAAUGAUCCCUUCGUAUGUUUCACGGUUACCGACUGGUAUAGAGGUUGGAACUUAUCUUGCUUUGGAGUUGAGUGAUACCUAUUUGAGGGCAGCUGUAGUAACAUUGAUUGGCCUUGGCAAAACAGAUAUCGAACAUAAACAGCAUGAAAUUCCUGCCGAAUUAAAAAAUGGAAAUGUUGGUGAUUUGUUUGAUUGGGUGGCCUUAAACGUUAAAGAAUUAUUAAACGAUGUGGGAUAUGAGUUGGAAACUAAAGAUUUAUAUGCAGGGAUUAAUUUUGGUUUUCCAAUAAAGUAA